AUGUUGCAGAUGGGUAAUUUACUCAUGCUUUUCACAACUGCAGCACCUCGAAAUAUUGGAUCGGUAAUGGCAGUGUUGGCGCCACUAUUACAGUUUCCUGGAAUGUUGUUCAUAGUUGGCUCGGUACGCCUAGAAAUGCUCUUCCUGCUCUUUGGAACGUACGAUUUCUGGUAUUUCACCGUCAACAAUAUCGUGUUUGGCGUGUGUUUCGCGGCUUUACUUCGCGACAUUCGCAUAAUUGUUGUCUUAGUCGGCUGUGCCAUCGUGCAGAUAAGCAUCGGUUCGGAUGCUCUAGUGGGCGACAGACGACAGAUUUUAUUGUCCAGUGUCCUUAACUGCAUGACGCACAUGACGAUGUUCCUGAUGGUGUUCUUAAAGCGAGUGGAUGACGAUGGGAACGGAGAUACUUUCAUGCUCUCGUACUCGAACAGCGGAUACGGGUUUUCUAUUCGGGAUACCCUAAUGAAUACCCAACUUAACAUGGUACUACUCUUUGGGAGACUAGUCUAUCGUAAUUAUUCGAAGACGCUGCGUCAGCUACUACUGCACGGUCGGACUACAACCCAAAAGUAG